AUGAAUCCUGUUUUUCCGUUUCCAUUUCAAGCAUAUUCUAUUCAAGAGCAAUUUAUGAAAGAAUUAUAUUUUACAAUUGAACAUGGUAAACUGGGAAUUUUCGAAAGUCCUACUGGAACAGGUAAAUCAUUAAGCAUUUGCUGCGGCGCUCUUCAAUGGUACAAUGAUAACAUUCACAGGAUUGUCGAAGAUAUAGAAAAAGAAAUUUCGCAGAUCAAAGGGGAACUAAUAAGUUUGGAUGAUUCAGGUGACUGGCUAGAAGCAGAAUACAACAAAAUUAGGAAGAUUCAAACAUUAACAGCAUUGCAGUAUAAAUUAGAUAAAAUUAGAAAACAAGAUGAAUUUUUUAAACAAAUGAAAAAUAGAGUAACAAAAUUUAAAAAUAAUGUCAACCAGAAAACAAAUGAAAGCUACUAUCAAAAUGCUGAUAAACUUGACAAGGAACCUGGUCACAAUAAAGAAAACAUUCCAGAAGAUGAAGGAAAUGAGGAUGAUGACUUGAUUGUUAAUUUAAGUGAUAAGAAGGAUGAUUCUGAUGAUGAGGAGUUUGAAAAUGAUACAAAGGAUGAAUAUGACAGUACAAUAAAGAUUUAUAUAAGCAGCAGAACUCACAGCCAAUUGUCUCAAUUUAUUGGGGAAAUCAAUAGAACAGUAUUCAAGGAAGACACAAGGGUAGUCACUCUUGCCUCUCGUCAGCAUUACUGUAUUAAUUCUGAGGUAACAAGACUGAAAAAUGUUAAUUUAAUAAAUGAAAGAUGUUUGGACAUGCAGAAAUCUAAAACAAAACCUACAUCAAUAGGUGAUGAGGGCAAGGUUCUAAAGAGGACGAAGACAAAGUCAUGUUCAGCAUGCCCAUAUUAUAAUCAGAACAAUAUACUAAAACUAAAAGAAAGACUGCUAAUUGAUAUAAUGGAUAUGGAGGAUUUAGUUAAAUGUGGUAAAGAUAUGAAGGCAUGUCCUUACUAUGCUUCUAGGAUGGCUUUGGAAGAUGCUCAGGUUGUUCUUAUAAGUCAUGCUGGUAUAGUCAAUUCUGGUGCAAGAUCAGGAUUCUCCCUAAAGCUGAAGGAUAAUGUGCUUAUACUUGAUGAAGCCCAUGGCCUCAGUGCAGCAUUAGAAAAUGCUCAUUCAGCACCUGUUUCGUACAAACAACUGUCUUCUGUGAAGACUUACCUAGAUUUUUAUAUUAACAAAUAUAGAGAGAGAUUAACCAGCAGAAACCUCUUAAUGCUGAAUCAAAUGUGUUUUGUUAUUGCAAAACUUUUAGGCAUAGUAAAACUAAAAACACCAACAGAAAAGGCACAAGAUGACACAAAAAUAUACACCCUCGAAGAUUUUGUUAUAAAAGCCGAAAUCGACCAUUUGAAUCUGCGCCCUCUGGUGGAGUUCUGCAGAAACACGCGGUUAGCCCCUAAACUCCAUGGUUUUUCGAUGCGAUAUAGUCAACAAGUCCUCGAAGAGGAGAACAAAAAGAGUUCAAGCAAUAAAAAAAGUUCAUUUGAAAAGUUCAUAAGUAACAUUUCUAAGAAGCAGAAUAACAAAGUUGAUGAGGAAGUAAAUGAAAAUUUGAAUACAAAUCCUCAGGUUCCAACUGAGGCAUCGGCUGGGAGUGGACUGUAUGCAUUAUUAGACUUCCUGGACAUGCUGUGUGACCGUAGCGAGAACGGCAGAGUGCUAGUGCAGAGGGGAAAUGACAGUACAGCUCAACUAAAAUAUUUGCUUUUGAACACGGCGGAACAUUUUGCUGAUGUUGUGUCACAGUGCAGAUCUGUAAUAGUGGCAGGUGGAACCAUGGAGCCAAUCAGUGAGUUUCAAGCUUUAUUAACAAAUAACGCACUUGAAGCGGAACGAGUGAAUGUUGUUAAAUGUGGACACGUGGUGCCAUCUGACAAUGUAUUGGGAAUUUGCCUAUCCAAAGGACCUUCGAAUGUCAGUUUAAAUUUUUCAUAUGAAAACCGAAUGUCAAAUGAGAUGUUGAAUGAAGUGGGUAGAAUUUUAAGAAACAUUUGCAGUAUAGUGCCUGGAGGCGUAGUAUGUUUUCUUCCUUCCUAUACCUAUGAACAGACUGUGUAUGAACAUUUUAAGAGUAACAAGUUUGUCGAUAGUAUAAGCAAGAAGAAGGCAAUAUUUCGAGAACCGAAAUUGGCCACAGAAGUAGAUCAAGUAUUACAGAAAUUUGCGACAGCCGUGAAAAAAAGAGAAGCCGAACGUAAUGGAGCGUUAAUGCUGAGUGUAGUCGGUGGCAAGUUAAGUGAAGGACUGAACUUUAGCGAUGAUUUAGGCCGUUGCGUCAUUGUGAUUGGAAUGCCAUACCCCAAUAUCAAGUCGCCAGAGUUGCAAGAGAAAAUGAACUAUUUGAACAGAAAAAUAGGUGGAAGCGCAGGGAAUGUAUACUACGAAAAUUUAUGCAUGAAAGCUGUUAACCAGUGCAUUGGUAGAGCGGUGAGACACGCCAACGAUUAUGCGUGCGUGUUACUUGUAGACGAAAGAUAUUCUAGGCCGCAAACCACAUCCGCCUUGCCUUCUUUUGUUCAGAAAUCUUUAAUGACCAGCUGCACGUUUGGACAAGCUAUUGGAAGCAUAGCGAGAUUUUUUUCAAGGCAUAAGGAAAAGAAACAACCAUAG